AUGGCCUGUCUGCACGAGACACGGACUCCCUCCCCCUCCCUGGCACUGCCCUCGGACGGGACCCCCGAGCAGGAGCUGACGCCCACCCAGUGCGUCCUGCGGGACGUGCUGCCCGCCGGCUCCUCCCCCGCCGCUGCCCCCGACGCCUGGCCCCGCCGGGGCCCCCCCCGGCACCCCGAGGUGCCCCCGGAGGCUGCCCUGGCCACUGAAGCUGCCCACCUGAGGUGCCAGGCUGGGGGGGGGUUCCUAGAGGGGCUUUUUGGGUGCCUCAAACCCGUCUGGACUAUGAUUGGCAAAGCCUACGCUGCUGAGCACAAGCACCCCCAGGAAGACCCCUGGGAGGUGCCGUUUGAGGAGAUCCUGGACCUGCAGUGGGUGGGCAGCGGGGCACAGGGCGCCGUGUUCCUGGGCCGCUUCCACGGCGAGGAGGUGGCAGUGAAGAAGGUUCGAGACCUGAAGGAGACCGACAUCAAGCACCUGAGGAAGCUGAAGCACCCCAACAUCAUCACCUUCAAGGGUGUGUGUACCCAGGCCCCCUGUUACUGCAUCAUCAUGGAGUUCUGCGCCCAGGGGCAGCUCUACGAGGUGCUGAGGGCUGGGCGCAAGGUCACCCCGUCCCUCCUGGUCGACUGGUCCAUGGGCAUCGCCGGGGGCAUGAACUACCUGCACCUGCACAAGAUCAUCCACAGAGACCUCAAGUCACCCAACAUGCUCAUCACCUACGACGAUGUGGUGAAGAUCUCAGACUUUGGCACCUCCAAGGAGCUCAUUGACAAGAGCACCAAGAUGUCCUUCGCUGGCACCGUGGCCUGGAUGGCACCCGAGGUCAUCCGCAACGAGCCCGUCUCUGAGAAGGUCGACAUCUGGUCCUUUGGGGUGGUGCUGUGGGAGCUGCUGACGGGUGAGAUCCCCUACAAGGACGUGGAUUCCUCUGCCAUCAUCUGGGGGGUGGGAAGCAACAGCCUCCACCUGCCCGUCCCCUCCGGCUGCCCUGAUGGCUUCAAGGUGCUGCUGCGCCAGUGCUGGAACAGCAAACCCCGGAACCGCCCGUCCUUCCGCCAGAUCCUGCUGCACCUCGACAUCGCCUCUGCAGACGUGCUCUCCACCCCCCAGGAGACCUACUUCAAGUCCCAGGCUGAGUGGCGGGAGGAGGUGAAGCUGCACUUUGAGAAGAUCAAGUCAGAGGGGACGUGUCUGCACCGGCUGGAGGAGGAGCUCAUCAACCGGCGGAGAGAGGAGCUCCGGCACGCGCUGGACAUCCGGGAGCACUACGAGCGGAAGCUGGAACGUGCCAACAACCUGUACAUGGAGCUGAGCGCCCUCAUGCUGCAGCUGGAGCUCAAGGAGAAGGAGCUGCUCAGGCGGGAGCAGGCGCUGGAGAAGCGUUACCCCGGGCUCUUCAAGCCGCGGGCUCCGCGGGGGCUGCUGCACGGAAACGCCGUGGAGACCCUCAUCAAGAAACGCAACGUACCCCAAAAACUGUCCCCCCAUGGAAAACGCCCCGACAUCCUGAAGCCCGAGGUGCUGCUGCCCAAGCUGGAUGCGGCCAUGGCUCAAGUGGCGCUUCCCGGCUGCCCCAAAGCUCCUCCCUCCCCGGGCAGAAGCCGCCGGGCGAAGGGUCGGCACCGCAAACCCGGAGCCAGGGGGGGGAUUUGCGGGGAACCCCCCCCCCAAGAGACCGGAACGUCUCGGGGUGUCCCCGGCUCCCCCCCGAGCGCCGCCGGUCCCGAUCUGCUCGGGGGGACCCUGGAAGCUGCGGGUGCCCCCCCGGCUGCGGGUCCCGACCGAGGGCUGGGGGUGGAGGCUGGAGAAAGGGGAGCGGUUGGAAUUGAAGGGACCCCCCCAGCACGACCCCCCAACCCCGGGGAAGCCGAACGGGACAACGGGAGCGGCCGGGGGGGCAAAGGGGGGGUCGGGCAGCAUCUGACCCCCGCGGCUCUGCUGUACCGGGCGGCCGUCACCCGCGGGCAGAAGCGGGGGGUCUCGUCAGAGGAAGAGGAGGGGGAAGUGGACAGUGAGGUGGAGCUGCCCCUGCGGCAGAGGUGGCCCCCCGGGAUGAGCAAACGCCAGUCGCUGUCGACCUUCAGCUCCGAGAACUUCUCGGACGGGGACGGGGACGGGGAGGAGGGACACACGAGCGAACCGUCCCACUCGCACUCGGCCACGCCCGACGUGGGCAGCACCAACACGGACGAGAGACCCGACGAUCGCUCCGAGGAUUUGUUGUCUCAGGGCUCCGAGAUCCCGCUGGACACCGGCCCCGCGGCCCCCGACGGGCCCGGCCGCAGGCACGGGGGGAACAGCCCCAAGGUGUCUGAGGACUCCGACUGUGACAGCGCAGAACUCGACCACUCGGGCAGUGGGGAGGGACCAGCGCCCCCCCCCCCCGGCCCCCCCAGCCCU